GCAGCUUUCUCCGACAUUUGGACAAACAAAAAGGAGAGCUUGAUAGAGCUCCGGUGGAGAGAUAAAAGUACGUAAGGGCAGGGCGUGUCGUAAGCUUCUGCCUCCUCGGCUUCAUCUGCGGCGCAGGUAUGUGAGAAGCAUCUUUUCUCUCCAGUGUGUUUUUCUCGAGAAACAGAGAUACAAAAGUUGCAGCCACCGUGCAGAUCAGCACCGUAAGCCGCGGGCUCCCUUCACAACUCUCGCGACACGCUCACCUAGUGCCUCUUUUUUCUUCCUACCUUUGCAUUUGUCACACGCGCAACACAACGCUUUUAUGCGGAGCAGUCGUUUCAUGCAAAUACACAUCUAUACACAAUAUAUAUUCCCCUCCUCCUCCUCUCUUUGCCGCAAGUUGAUUGCACGUUGCACAGAAGAAGCUGAGGCCUUACACAAUAGUUGAACAGAGAGGGAAAACAAACAAACAACACCAAAAUCCCAACCGAAAGAAGAACGAAAAGAAGAACAACUCGUGUGGGACUGUGCCGAGGAGCGUCGGCUGCUUUGGCGCGUCCGCUUGCAAGCGUGCGCUCCUUCUCUUCGACUUUUUUUUUCUUCUUCUGUGUUCUCCGCAUCUCCUCCAGCGAAGGACACCCACUCCAUUCCCCUCCCUGUUGUUGGACGUGACACACCAAAGCACCAAAGGCACACACACACACGCACACAAGGCUCUGACCGGCACAUCCCCCAACGCCUCUCCAGUCCUCACCCGAAAACAGAAAAGCAAACCAAAAAAAAAAAGCGCCGUUGUGUAUUUCUACACUUCGUGGAAGCAGUUGGGCCUCUUUCUGCUUCGAUUGCUGUUUUCCCCCAUCGUGCGUUUUUUUGUGUUUUUGGGUUUCACCGAACUGAACGGCCGUCACUUCUUUCUUUUCUUCCUGGUGUUUUGAUUCUCUGUAGCACGUGGGGGCUCACUGUACAAUUCCACUGCUUUCUUUCUUGAUACUUCUCCUUCCUGACCUUCACAUCUCCGUGUGUGAUACGCUUGUGUUGUCGAUUUUUUUUUUCUCCUGUGGUCGUAUUCGUUGUUCUUUCACCUUUCGAGAAGGUCCGUAGAUCUCAGACUGUCAAACUAACCAAGAGGGGGCGAACGCUCUCGCACGGGCAGGGCUACUGGGAAAAAGAAGAAAGAAGAAAGAAGAACAGUCGAAAGCUGUUGCUUCCGAGCUGCGUACGCCUUCCUUUUUUUUGUUUUAUUAGCGUGUGUGUGUGUGUGUGUGAUUGUCUUUUGUCCUUUUUGUGAUCAACGCGCGCGUGUAACAGGGUUCCCCGCAGAGCAUGCCGAGUCACGGGCGUAGACGACUCGAUUCGUGGUCAGACGACGACGUCGCCGUCUCUCCCUCUGGGCGCCGCCACCCCUCUACCACCGCAGACGCGCCGGGCCUGCAAGGAGAGAGUCACGCGAUGCAGGGUGUAUCGUCGAACACCGGCAAGAGCGGCGGAGGGUGGACCGGUGGACCCUCUCACGGCUACCUCCCUUCCCACGACGAUCAAGGGCGAGCGAAGGCGGCGGCGUUGCAGGGUAGCGCAAACGAGCAAGGCAGCAGCAGCAGAGCGACGCCAGAGACGAGCACGGCGGCGGCGGCCGCUACACGUCGUCUCAGCAUACCUAUGCCCGGUGCAAACGGAGACAUACUCAUAGCGAUGGAGGAGGAGGAGGUGCCGACAACGGACUGCUACUUUCCCCCUGGCCAGGAUAACGGUGAGGAUGACAAGGACACGUUUGUCGAUAAGGGCAGCGCGGCAGCACUCGACGCGCCCCCCGACGUCGCCUCUCCCUCGACGCCCGCGGCAGCUGCGACGGGCGUCGGGUCUUCCAUGGCUUCCGUAAAGCGAACGAACAAAGCGCGUCCUACCGUCACCGUGCACAGCCCUCCGUCGUCCAUCAUAGUGGGCAGCGGGCCGUCAUCGUCACCUGUUUUAGUAAAUGCCGGGACACGGCCUGGCAACAACACCAAUGCGCCGAACGCGGUCAGCGGCACGUUAGGUGGUGUAUCUUCGCUGCUGCCGGCGGCCAAUACCACCACCACCAUCGGGGCCGCCGCUGCAGCCGGCACCGCUGGCGGCACAACACGAGACAGCGGCAGCAGUCCAAGUGCCGGCAACGCACUGACAACCGUGGCGGGUGUGGGCGGGGGCGGGAAUACACCCGGGCAGGCAACGCGCCCGCCCGACAUGGCCAACACGUCCCCUAGCCCGCAUCUCAACACCCCGGUGCUGCGCCGCCCCAACGCAGGCAAGGCUGGGACGAACACCUCCGCGAGCCCACCGCAGUACUCGCGGCUAAACGCCAGCGAGGCUGCGCCGGGCGUCGUCUACCGCGCUGCGCUGACCGUGCGGGCCCUGGCGAUGGACCCCGAGCAGCCGGUGCUAUGGGCCGCCGUCGGCGACGACCCGCUGGCCGCCUUGCGUAUCGACGGCUGCGAGCUUUCCCACUCCAAAUCCGUGAAGGACAUCGAGCAGGUGCACUGCAUGGCGGUGGUGCGCAUCGCGGAGGAUCAGGGCACCACCUUCAAGUCCGCCUCGGCCUCGCCGCGCGGGGGGUUGAGCACGCCCAAGACGGCGUCGCCCAAGACGGGCCGGCGUAGCAAAAAGAGUGGGCGGCGCAGCACCUCGACGCGGAAGUCCGGCAAACUCGGUGCCGCGGCCGGCGCCCUCAUUCCGAUUCGAAACGCUGACGGCGACGACGAGGACGACAGCGACAGCAACGGCGAGGACAGCGGCGGCACCGCCAGCCCCUCCGGCGCGCGUGACAAACUGUCGUACACGAACUACCUUUGGUGCGGUCUGAGUCGGGGGCAGAUGGCGGUGGUGAACAUGGCCACGUUGGAGCACCAGGUGAUCCACAACGCCCAUACGCAGACGAUCAACCGCAUUUGGUACUGGGAGGCGCGGGAUAAGGUGUGGACGGCCGGCCGUGAGAAGGGCGUGCACGUCUGGGACCCGCAGCGGCGCGUCAUCUUGAAGAAGCGCAACAUUGCCGCGAUCUUGACGGAUGCCACGUACGCGGAGGCGGAGGACAAGGUUUUUGCGGUGGCGGACGAUCCCUGCGUGCGCGUCUUCGAGCCAGGGGGCGAGAAUGUCAACGUGCCGAAGGGGCAGGAGAACCGGAUCAAGAUGAAGUCCGACGCCUCCGUCAUUCAGUAUCAUCGCAACUCCGGUCUCGUGUGGGUGGGGCUGGCGCGGGGCAGCGUGCUGAUGAACCCCGCCACGAUGGAUGUGGAGCGGACGCUGCCUUUCACGUUCAGUGCUAUUCUGUUUGAAGGCGAACACGCCAUCAUCGCGGGUCAGGAGGUUCCAAACGGGGAGAGUCGCUUGAUGGUGUUGGACGUCUCAAGUCCGCGAGAACCGUUCGUGAUCGCGUACACCAAGUUCGCGAACCCGUUGCUGCUUGGCAUUCACGUCAUCCCGAACACCCGCUUCGCCGUCGCCGCGCAAGACGACCCGAAGAAGGGCGUCGUUGUGGCCAUCUUUGUGUACGUCGGCACGGCGUCCCUGACGCACGCCGCUGCAUCCGCCAGCAGGUACCCGGAGCAGCGCACGGAGAAGGUGAUCCGGGCCCCCACGACGGGGGCGGUGCCCUCCUCGCCGGCGCAGCUCGCCCAGCCGCCGCUGAUCACUGCUGCGCCGCUCAGCUCCGACACGGGCAGCCCGCUUCCGGGGACGGAGUCCAACGCACUCGUUCCGCACGUCGGGAGCAGCAACCGCAGCAUGAUUCCCUACAACAACACCAACAGCGGCGCUGUCGUUAUGGUCGACCGUACCUCGCUGCACCGGGCCACGGUGGUGAAGCACGCACCCGAAUCCCGUACGGACCGGAAGUUCAACGUGGAGGCGGACCACUCCACUCUCGUGGAGGCGAUCGGGCCAGAGGCGCAGGAGAUCAAGAGCGCGUUGAAGGUGUUGGUGAAGACGGCGGACGAGGUGCGACAGUCUCUCGUGCAGCAGCGCUCCGCUGAGGCCACGCUCGCCGAUUUUAGUCAGCUGCUUCGUAGCCGCCAACAGUGGUUGGUCGAGCAGGGCCCCAUCACGAAUCUGCCCGCGUUGACGCCGCCGGCGACGGAGCGCGUCAACCGCGACUACGUUACACCAGAGGGGAAGACGAUCGCCACCGCGACGGAGCAGCUGCAGUUGAUGUACGCCAAGGUGCAGGCCAAACUGCACCAGCUUCAACAACAGCAGCACCCGUCCCCCAUUGCAGCCCGUCUUUCCGUCGCGAACUCGACGGCCCCGACGCGUCUCUCACCGUCGCUAUCCAGCCCUCCUGGGGUGGACUACGGUAGCUCAGGGGUAGCAGAGAUGAGCGGGCAGAGCCACCUGUACGGCAGUGGUGAGCAGCGCGCCCCGUCGCCGUCGGAAGGCGACGCCACGAACAACAAUAGCUAUGCCUCCACCACAAACAACAUCAUCAGCAACAAUGCAAUGCCCGGGUAUACGGGUAUUCCGCCUGCCACCGCCGUCGGCGUGAACGACGCGGUGUUGCCGCCGUGGGCGUCGCAGCUCGCGGCCACGCUGCAGCGAGAGCGCGUCCUGCACGAGCAGCAGAUGAGCGCGCUGCAGCUGAAGGUGGAGCGGCUGACGGAGCGCAACGCGGCCUUGUCGAACGCCUUUGCACGUCUGCAGGCCCACGUCGCCGCACUCGGCCAACAGAGCUUGAGUGCGUUCGAAAUGGACUCAGAGGACAGCACCGGCGUGAUUGACGCCGAAGUUUUUGGCUCGGCGACGCUGCGCGUGCGCGAUCAGCAGCGCCACAUGCUGUCCGUUCUAUCCUCCCAGCAGGAAGCUUCCAUGUCUCUCUUUAACCAGCUCGGUAGUAGUAAGUACCACAAGCCGAAGUACGUGCGGCACGCCACGGAGGUGCUGCUGAAGGCGAUUGACGAGUUGGUGCGGCUGACGCACGUGAAGAUGUCGCUCAGUCGGGAGACGGAAGCGCAGGGCCGGUCCACCGUCGUGCGCCAGUCGAGCUCGGCCGUGCUGGGCAACACCAUGAGCGACGAGCGCGGCGGCAACGUCGAGGUGAGACGCUCCCUCACGCAGGCGCAGCGCUACCCGACCUCCUUCUCGCCGUCGCCCUCUUCUCCUUUGGCGAGCUACCAGCCUCCACAUCAGCAGGCCCCGCACGACAUCACCGCCGAUGGCACCGGCAGAGCCGAGAAGCUCGCCAUUUCUCCGCGGAGUCGGUCAGAGGAGGUGGACGACGAGGGGACCAACACGCUGGUCGACCGCCCCAUCACCUCUUUUCGCGGUGCGUGCGCGAUGGUGGAGGCGGAGCUGAACAACUUGCGCGCAGUCAACACCGAGGCGAUGUCUUUAUGGGCACGGCUGCAGAACACGCCUCCGCAAGGAAGUACCACCACAAACACCACCACGAGCACUAACACCAUGCAGGACGAAGAAGUGACGGAGAGCAGUGUCAAGUCGGUCGACGGCGGACUGUUGCUGUCGCUGGCCCCCAGCAACGACACAGGGGCGUCGCCGACGCUGCUUCACCUCAUGUCAGCGCGCGUGCUGCAGGCGGUUUGCUGGGCCGAGUGCGGACAGACCGUGCUGCGCGAGCUGACAAACGCGAGUGGACUGGAGAACCCUUUCGUGGCCGGCUGCGUGCACAACACGUUGGUCUCGGCGCGCACCAUCGGCGCAGGCGGGGUCGACGGCGAGGAGGAGUGGUGGCGGCAGGGCCCGCUGGAGGUGCUCGACUACGAGUCGGCGCAAGAGCGGGCGGACGUGCUGCUCACCGUGCGUCAACUGGCCACGUCGAGUGGGAUGGAGAUCGCACGCACGGCGCGCGUGCGCGAGACGCUGCAGGCGCGGUGCCGUGCGUCGAAGGAGUGCCACGCGCUUCACAGAGACAGCGAGUUUAUGCUGCAUCGCCUGCCGGGUGCGCUGUGCUGGUCCCAAGCGGCGCUGCGCCUGCUCUUCGACUUCUUGGAAAGCACCGACCAUUUGCUGACUUCGGUGAGUGCGGCACGCAAAGACGGCGCUGAAAACAAGAAGGAGAAAAAGCCACGCUCGUCAAACAAGGCGCCAGCUACAGCCGGUCCGGCAUCGCCCCCUCCCCAUGACAUGGCUACUCGCACCGCUUCUGCGGUAGGGGUGGCCAUGACGCAUUGGGCUCUCUUCUUGCUGAACCUGCGCGCCAACCUCCUCGCCGUGCACCACGCCACGCGUCUGUACCACGCCUGGUGCUGGGGGCCCGCACCGAUGUCCGCUGCGCACAGCACCAAGUCAAGUCGCGCGACUCCGCAUCGUUCACAGAAGGAAGCAUCGCCGGAGGUGCCGGAGGAGGAGGGAGAGAACCCCGUCCCGAUCACCCCGCUGGCCGACGUGGCGGCCUCGUUAACGUCGAAAGGGAAGCUGCUGCUGCUGUACAUGCAGUGGUGCUUCCCGGCGUUUGGUGGGGCGGCGAGCAUGAACGGUACGGCUGGGUCAGCCACCUCCGCUGUCAACGCCGCCAUCGCCACGGUGAACGUGCCGUCUUUCUUCACGGCGGAUUUGGAGAACGACGCGACGAGCACCGCUGCGGUGCAUCGCAGUGCCGCGGAGUGUGCCACCAUGCUGGCGGACGUCGUCGCACACACGGCGCAGCUGCUGCGACGCGUGCAGCUGCUGCUGUCGUACUGCCACGCCAUUCGAGCCCGUUCGUUGACGGUGCUGGAGGGCAGCAGCGAUGCGGCGGUGGCGCGGUUGGUGACGUUUAUGGGGUCCACCAAAUCCGCGGAUGUCGAAGCGCGUGUGCCGACGGAGCAUGAGAAGUCGUUCCUGAAGAGUGAGGCACCGUUUGUCUCGCGGCAGUAA